GAGCUAGCCGGCAUGGCGUUCCGGCGGGCGCUGCAGCUGGCGGCCUGCGGGUUGGCCGGAGGCUCGGCUGCCGUGCUCUUUUCUGCUGUGGCCAUCGGGAAGCCGCGAACGGGAGGAGCCGCGGAGCCGCGGGUGUCCGAGCCGCCGGGGUGGGCGGUGGGUGCACGAUCCUCGCCCGGCGUCUGGGACCCCAACUGGGACAGGAGAGAACCACCAUCUCUCGUCAACCUGAGGAAAAGGAACUUGGAAUCUGGAGAAGAGGAGUUGGCAUCCAGGCUGGACCACUACAAAGCCAAGGCCACACGACACAUCUUCCUCAUCAGACACUCCCAGUACCACGUGGAUGGCUCCCUAGAGAAGGACCGGACUCUCACGCCACUGGGUCGUGAGCAGGCUGAACUGACUGGAGUCCGACUGGCGAGCCUGGGGCUGAAGUUUGACAGGAUCGUGCACUCGUCCAUGACUCGAGCCAUAGAGACAACAGACAUCAUCUGCAAGCACCUGCCAGGGGUGUGCAGAGUCAGCACCGACCUGCUCAGGGAAGGUGCCCCCAUCGAGCCUGACCCGCCUGUGUCCCACUGGAAGCCAGAAGCUGUGCAGUAUUACGAGGACGGAGCCCGGAUUGAGGCUGCAUUCCGGAACUAUAUCCACCGUGCAGAUGUCAGGCAGGAGGAGGAUAGUUACGAGAUCUUCAUCUGUCAUGCCAAUGUCAUCCGCUACAUUGUGUGCAGGGCGUUGCAGUUUCCCCCUGAAGGCUGGCUCCGUCUCUCCCUCAAUAACGGCAGCAUCACCCACCUGGUGAUCCGACCCAAUGGCAGGGUUGCACUGAGGACCCUUGGGGACACGGGGUUCAUGCCUCCGGACAAGAUCACCCGGUCCUGA